AUGAGUUGGCUAGACACUCGAAUGGAGGAGCUACACCCGGCCCUGUGUGAACAUGUGCUGCUGCACAAGCGGUACAUCGACGAUGGGGUUGUGGUCUGGACGGGCUCGCUCGCGGACCUACACAGAUGGAUUGAGGGGUACAACAACCUACUAGAGGGCAUCUCCAUCACGACUGAGAUCAGCACGACCACAUUCACACUCCUCGACAUCACCUUCCGGAAAGGUACGCUGUGGGAGACGACCGGGAAGGAAAAUGUGCAAGGGGGGUUCUUGGACACCUCGGUGUACCAAAAACCUCUCAAUGCGUAUCAGUACUUUCCGUUCCGAUCGGCACACCCUCGACACUGCAAGCGGGGCUUCAUUAUUGGUGAGCUAUAUCGCUACCUCUUGAGGGAGUCUUCUGAGGAUGGCUUUCAGCAGAUGAAGUCCCGUUUUGCAGCUCGGUUACAAGCACGCGGGUACCACGCUACCUUUAUCGACAAGGUCUUCAGCGAGGUCACGUACGCCGACAGAGCUACACUGCUGCAGAAGUCGGAGAAAGGUAAGCAAAAGGACAGUCGAGUGCUACCAUUCGUGCUCGAGUACCACCCGAGUCUAGAGCACCCCGCCCUGAGGUCUAUUCUCCGCUCGGAGUCGAGCGAGGAGACCCUCAAAACUCUAUGUCCAACGCCACCUUUCUUCUGUUUCAAAGCGGCACCCAAACUCCGAAGCAUGCUUAAUACAAAAAAAAAACGAUCGGGGGGGCUGCGCCACCCCGAACCCCCCCCCCCCCCCCCACCCCCCCCCCCCCCCCCCCCCCCCGCUUUAAGUGACCCCAUCCGCAUACACGAGUAUCAAUACCACCGCGUGCUGUAG